AUGGUGGAAAGACGUGCGCAGUCCUUUCACAUGACGUGCCACGUGCAACGCGACUAUGGCAGCAGGAUGGGGAGCUCCUUCAUAAGUUGCAGACCCAACGGGUAUGCCGGUACGAGCCUCAACCUCAGCCCGGCCAAGGAGACGGACGCUGACUCUGCGGCCUCCACCGGCGCUACAACUACUAGCUGUGCCCUCCGGCCUCCUGCACCUGACAGAAUCUGCUACUCUCCAGUUUCACUGGAAUUGGACCCCUCAGAGGUGAAUAAUGGAUCAGGCAUUCCCUACGGUCCUCCCGCGGACACACAGGCCAUGCACAGCCAGCCCUCCAUGGCCUCUGUCCCGCUGCCUCUGCCUCUCCCUCGUUCGAGCUGGAUGCAUCAUCAUCAAAAGGAUUUCCGGAGCCCUUUCGUCAAGACUAGCAUGCAGGGGGAUGUGUACAACUUUCUAGAGAGACCUGCUGGAGUGAGAUGCUUCCUCUACCACUUCCUCGUCUUCGUCAUGGUCCUGGUGUGUCUCAUCUUCAGUGUCCUGUCCACUAUAGAGCAAUAUGCAGAGUUCGCUACAGGAACCCUCUUCUGGAUGGAGAUUGUGCUGGUGCUGUUCUUUGGCACAGAGUAUGCGGUCCGGCUGUGGUCGGCGGGCUGUCGCAGCAAAUACGCAGGCAUCAAAGGACGCCUCUGCUUUAUCAGGAAGCCCAUAUCAAUCAUAGAUUUGAUAGUGGUCAUUGCCUCAGUCAUUGUGCUUGGUGUCGGUUCCAAUGGCCAGGUGUUUGCCACGUCUGCCAUCAGGGGCAUCCGUUUCCUCCAAAUCCUGCGCAUGCUGCAUGUGGAUCGACAGGGAGGAACGUGGAGGCUGCUGGGAUCUGUAGUCUUUAUUCAUCGGCAGGAGCUGAUCACCACCCUGUACAUCGGGUUCCUGGGCCUGAUCUUUUCGUCCUACUUUGUCUACUUGGCGGAGAAGGAUGCAGUGGAUGAGGAGGGCAAGACGGGCUUCUCCAGCUACGCCGAUGCCCUGUGGUGGGGCGUGGUGACUGUCACCACAAUCGGCUACGGAGACAAAAUUCCUCAAACGUGGGUAGGCAAGGCCAUUGCCUCCUGCUUCAGCGUCUUCGCCAUCUCCUUUUUCGCCCUGCCUGCUGGUAUCCUGGGCUCAGGCUUUGCCCUGAAAGUCCAACAGAAGCAGAGACAAAAGCACUUCAAUAGACAGAUCCCCGCUGCAGCCUGCCUCAUACAGACACUUUGGAGGUGCUAUGCAGCAGAGAAACCAAACGGCUGUGCUGCCACGUGGAGAAUGUACGUUCUCACCCCAGAGACUGUCACCACCGUGGAACCUGACAACUUCAGCCCUUAUGUCAGGAAACUGAACAUAUCGAAAAAGGGGACCAAGAGGAGGUUGAAGCCCAGAGUGAACAACGCGAUGGGCGUGUCCUCGGAGAGGGCCAUAACAAUACCCCAGAUCACCUACGAUCACAUCGAUGACUCCGAGGAGAAGAAAGACGCCUCUUUUUCCCAGGAAGAGCCAAGAGAUGCUGUUGAAGAAAUCACCAGAAUGUUGAGACUAACAGGCCGUCCUCAACAUUCUUGGUCGUCUUUCACUCUGAGCUGCCCUGGCUCCCCAGUGAGGGGGAAUCAUGACCACAGCUCCACCUCCAUCGACAUCUCCCGCGCCAACAGCUUCACGGACGAGCUGGACUACAUGACCGAGAACAUCCCCCUGCCAGUGGUGAAAAAUAAAACGCUAACAGAGUUGUCCCACGCCCAGAGGUCGGCUGUAAAAGUCCUCCGCAGAAUGCAGUACUUUGUGGCCAGGACGAAAUUUCAGCAAGCACGGAAGCCCUAUGAUGUGCGAGACGUGAUCGAGCAAUAUUCCCAGGGUCACCUCAACAUGAUGGUCCGCAUCAAGGAGCUGCAGCGAAGGCUCGACGGCACACUGGGGAAGCCAGGAAUGUUUCUUCCAGGAAAAGGAGAAGAUAAAGAAUACCCAACUAUCGGAGCGCGACUGAUCAGGCUAGAAGAUAAGGUCCACCAGAUGGACCAGAAUAUGAACUCCAUUCUGCGGAUCCUGGUGGAGCAGUUUCCGCCCAAGCCGCAGCUGACGUCCACUCCCUCCAUCCGCAGGGUGACCAUCCAGAACCGCAAGGGGGCCAGCAUGGACGAGGAGCUCUGAUGGCGCAGAACUGGGACGGUGAAUUAAAGGACCAGCCUAGCGCCCCCCCCUCCCAAAUAUCUUUUCUCCACUCUCCAAAAAUCCUCUGUUCCAUUUGCAAUCCAACAUUUAGACCACUGAGAAGAGAACAAGUUUUAAUGGACCACUCGGCGCUGCAUUGCUCUCAAAAGGCCAAGAGGAGCAGUGAGGAGCAGAUUCGUGGUGUAACUGACCUCCUUUCCAUCUGAUGAUUGUUGCCCCUUUUAUGGGUAUUUUUCAUAUUAAUGUAGCAUUCUCUUCCACACCAGCAUUGUGGGCCCGGGAGUCAUUCAUUUGAUUUAACCUAUACACUAUCCUCAUAAUCACACUCGUCAGAUGAUGUUCAUUUACGUGUGGCCUGUCACUGAGCCGCAUUCCUCUCCUCCAAAUAUUAUUCCAAAGCUAA